AUUCAUCCACUACUAGCUCAAAAGUAAAACCACUUUUCACUUCCCAAUAAAAAAUCCAAUACAAAAAAAUUAUAGCCAUGAGCAUGACUAUCAUUAAUCCAUCUAGUUUCACACUUGUUAUAUUUUCCUUUACGUUGGUCUUGGCUCUCGCUAUGCUUUCCUUGAUAGCCAAGAAACCUAAAGGCCAGCUUCCUCCGAGCCCACGGGGAUGGCCGAUCAUAGGGAACUUGUUCCAUAUGAUCAUGAACCGACCGGUUCAUGUGUGGAUCCACCGUUCCAUGGAGGAUAUGCAAACGGAGAUAGCUUGCUUCCGCUUCGCCCGGGUCCGCGUCAUCACCGUAACCUCAAGCGAGAUCGCCCGAGAAGUGCUUAGAGAGAAAGACGAGGCUCUUGCAGACAGAUCAGAGUCGUACUCGAGCAAUCUCAUUAGCCAUGGCUACAAAGAAAUCGUUUUCUCUUCCUACGGAGAGAAUUGGAAGCUGAUGAAGAAAAUGAUGACCACAAAACUAAUGUCUCCGACAACGUUGAACAAAACCCUCGGUGAUAGAACACUAGAAGCGGAUAAUAUCGUCACGUAUGUUUUCAAUCUACCCCGACCAGGGUCCAUUAACGUGAGAGAUGUUGCCUUAACGUAUUGCCAUGCCGUGAUGAUGAGGAUGCUGUUUGGCCAGAGGCAUUUUGAUGUAGCCGCUGAGGACGGAGGUCUCGGGCCAAAAGAGAAAGAGCAUAUGGACGCAAUUUACCAAGCUCUAGAUUGUUUUUUCAGCUUUAAUGUAACGGAUUACGUACCUUUUCUUAGAGGAUGGAACAUCGAUAACGAGGAGGAAGAGGUCAGAGAAGCGGUUGAUAUCCUCAACAGAUGCAACGACCCGAUCAUCCACGAGAGAAUGCAUUUGUGGAGGAACAAAGGCGGUAAAGAGACUGAAGAAGAUUGGCUCGAUAUUCUCAUCACCCUUAAAGAUGACCAAGGAAUGCCUUUGUUCACAUUUGAUGAGAUUAGGGCUCAAUGCAAGGAUAUCAAUGUUGCAACAAUUGAUAAUACGAUGAAUAAUGUGGAGUGGACGAUAGCAGAGAUGUUGAAUAAUCCUGGGAUUCUUGAGAAAGCCACUACUGAAUUGGACGUGGUAGUUGGUAAAGACAGACUUGUGCAAGAAUCAGACAUACCACAACUCAACUACAUCAAAGCUUGUAGUAGAGAAUCUUUCAGGCUUCACCCAGCUAAUGCCUUCAUGCCUCCGCACGGAGCCCGACAAGAUACUACUCUUGCUGGUUAUUUCGUUCCCAAAGGUAGUCAAAUUCUUGUGAGCCGGCUAGGGCUUGGUCGCAAUCCUAAUAUAUGGGACGAGCCUAACGUGUUCAAGCCAGAACGCCACCUUGCUGGCCAUGUUAGAAACUCAAUGGACGUGACUUUGAUGGAGCCUGAGAUGCGGUUCGUAAUAUUCAGCACUGGUCGACGUGGCUGCGCAGGUACUAAAAUUGGGACAUCUAUGACUAUAAUGUUGCUAGCCAGGCUUCUUCAGGGGUUUGAAUGGACCCUCCCUAAUGACACAAGUCAAGUCGAGCUUGUUACAGCGGACAGUAACUUGUUCAUGGCCAAACCUCUACUCGCAUGUGCGAAACCAAGGUUGGCUCCAACUUUAUAUCCGAAAAUACAGGUCUACAAUUCAGAGAAAUUAUUCUCUUUGAAAAAUUAUCAAGAUAUGUAAUAAUUGAAAUAAGGUUUACUGACUAUAAAAACCAUGUAUCCUACGUUGUACUCUUUCGUUAUCUUUUUAAUCCAAUAUUGCAGUGAUAAGACUUAUUGUUAUGUCAAUUUAGCAACGGAGAAAACCUUAUUUUUUGUUGCUUUUUAUUAUUGGUACGUUUUCUUUGAGUUUCCAGAUGAUUAUGCGUUUUUAAUACAAUGAAAAUCCAAUGAAGCUGACGAUUAAAAACAUAAUUAGGAUUUGAUCCCGGUGGUAUAUUCGUAGAUUAUAAUAUAAUAAAGACUUUUUGCAUUGUAUUUUUAUAAUAAAGAUUGAAUGUAGUAGAAUAAGUGAUGCAUUACGAUUGCUUUGUAUGUUUGACUCAAAUUCAAUAUUAAAAAAAAAAAAAAAUUCAAUAUUAAUGAAAACCCUUUCUUCAAAAACAAAACAAAAAUGAUGCAUGCGGAACGGAGUAACUAAGUUGAAGAAUUGCAAUCCGGUUGGAAAUAAAAAUAAACAUGGAGUCACAAAGAUACAUUUGAAGUUUGAUUUCGAAGAUGUAUAUUGUUUAGCUAAUUUUUUCUCAUAUUCAAAUGGUCAAAACAGAAGUUAUAUGAAUCCUUGUUUUAACAUUGGGCAACUUGGUUAUGCAAUUUGAUAAAACCAGCACAUGUAAUUUGUUUACAUUAAGAAACGUAAUUUAAUGUGAUAAAAAUCUAAUUGUACUGCAAUAGAGCGGAGAAAUUCCAUGCAUGGCUCAUAUAAUAACUAAAAGGUAAUAUUUUGGUUUCUACGUACACUACAAAACUUAACCACUCCAGUAACGGAAGUCUGAUGCAGAAAUUUGUAUCGGUGAUUUAUUUUCGGCUUGCAAUUAAAGUUUUUGGUUAUGACAUUGUUCUAUCGGGACACAUAAUGCUCUUAAAUUUUUCUUUUGUUCUAUUUUCGUAUUUCGUAUAUGCAUAUAUAGCUCCCAACGCUUCCAAGUUCCAACCAAGCAAAACAACGAGACGACGAGACAAUCAUGAUUGCUUCGCGGUUUAACCACUGGGCAACUAAGACUCUUUCUUUUGCAAGCAGACUGCAGUGAUCUCUUCGGUUAUUUACAGCACAGUAAACUUCUGGCUGUCCUCUUUCAUUCUGCCCAAAUGCUAUCUCAAGACUAUUGAGCAAAUGUACAAUAGGUUUCUGUGGAAUAGCAACAUUGAGAAGUAGGCAGGUAGUAAAGUGUCAUGGGUGAAUGUGUGCCUCCCCGAAGCCGAAGGAGGUCUUGGUUUGAGGAACUUCUGGACCUGGAACAAAACUCUCAACCUAAGACUAAUCUGGAUGCUCUUUGCAAAGAGAGACUCAUUAUAGGUUGCCUGGAACCACUCGACAAGACUACAAAAUGUAAGCUUCUGGAAGGCUGAGGUAGCCAGCCACCACUCCUGGAUAUGGAAAGCUCUUCUAGCUCUGAGACCGCUAGCAAAGAGAUUCAUGCGAUCAAAUGUUGGCAAUGGGCACAUGCUAAGCUACUGGUAUGAUCACUGGAAUAAGCUGGGUCCCCUUAUUGAUUUUGUGGGGGCGGC